AUGCACGCUCCUUUGCCCACGACCAAGGUUGAUAGAAGUUGCUAUUCGCAAGGACCUUUACACAAGCGAGUAUUGGAAGAGCUACCAAAGUCGAUGUGGAUACACCUUAUGGGAACGUGCAGUGCACAUGCGGCUUCAAAAGUUGAUUCAUUCAUGCCAUCUUUUGAUCGCUCAUCACUUGGUUACGAGCGUUCUGGAAAAUGUCAUCAAGCUGUCAGCGAAUUGUCUCUGGAGUUUGUUAAGUUGAUGCAUGCUAUCUUUUCACAUUUCAAAGGAGCCAACGAUGCAUUGAUGGAUCUAUUCUUUGAACAUGGAUGGUGCCGUGAUCUCGGGGAAAAAGCAUGGAGAAGCAGCAAGGAUGGUCGCACUUUUCACAAACGACGUGAGAGCAUGGAUGAGAAGAUUGCAUGGAACAUGUUUCUUACGCCACGAUUUGACAUGUUUAUGUAUUUGGCCGACUAUAUGAACAUGCCCGGCGAGACCGGUGAGAUUGCACGUGGAGCGAUUCUUUUUGCAUUGCGAUUAUUGGAUGGGUGA